UAAUGAGUUAAUGACUUGGGACGUUCCACUGGGGAUUAUUCUGAUAAUUAUGGGUGUUGUCCGGGCGAAAAAUGGCACCUGAGAAAAUUGUUAUUUGUGUUAUAAUAAUAAGUCCUAGAAGAACAGGGUUUAGGGUUUUCUGCAGAAUUUUGAUCCUAACUGGGAUAACACAAAGCAAUCCAUGGCCAUGGCAUUCUUUGAGACUAUCCUCAACCCUUUCUUCUUCUUCAAGUUCCAGAGGCAAUUCUUUCGUUGUCUCAUACCUCGUCGGAACUUGUGGGUUCUCACCAGAACGCGCAGUUUACAUUUCCAAGCGCUUCAGCUUCGAAACAAGCGAUAAACCAGAUGCAGUGAUCUCGUUCAUCAAGAAUAUUGGUCUCUCCCAAACGACGACGUUGAGAGUCAUCCAAUCUCUGCCCCAAUUACUUGUAGCAAACCCUAAAACUCUUCAGCCAAAAAUCGAUUUUUUCAAGUCCAAAGGGUUUUCCUCCUCUGACAUAUGCAGGAUCAUAGAAGGCUGCCCUUCAAUCCUCACCCGAAGCUUGCAGAAUGAAAUCGCUCCCUCCUUCGAUUGCUUCGACGCCAUGUUUCAGUCUAGGCACAAGCUCAUAAAGGCUGCUACCGGUUAUUCUGCUAUGCUGUAUGAUUUUGCAAGGUAUACAGAACCUAAUAUAAAGCUUCUUAGAGAAGAAGGAGUUGCUGAAUCACACAUUGUUAGGUUAAUUGAGUACUACCCCAACCAAUUGAAGAAUAGCCCUAAGAAGUUUAAGGAGGUAUUGCAAGAAGUUAAGGAUAUGAAGUUUGAUCCCUUGACGUUUCAAUUUAUUGUGGCUAUUCAUGUGAAGGCAAAAACAGGAAAAUCCACAUGGGAAAGAAAGGAAGGAAUUUAUAGAAAGUGGGGUUGGACCGAUGCCGAUAUUAUCAGAGCUUUCAGACGCUGUCCGUGGUGCUUCGCCAGCUCCGACAACAAGAUUGAAGCAGUCAUGGAUUUUCUGGUGAAUCAAUUGGGUUAUGCAUCUUCUUCUGUUGUUAAGUAUCCGUUGAUAUUGUCCAUGAGUUUGAAAAGGAGAAUCAUUCCAAGGGGUUCUGUUUUUCUGGUUUUGCAGUCUAAGGGUCUGGUGAGGAAGCUGGGCUUGGCUUCAGUGUUUAGGAUUAAUGAAAAGACCUUCUUGAGUAAGUUCAUCCUUUGCCAGAAGAAAGAAGCUGAUGAGCUUUUUAAGUUGUAUAAGUCUAAAUUGGCAUAAGACUAUAAUGAAUGAAGUAAUGACAAACCUUCUUACUGAGUUUACAUCUUUUGGUAACCAAGCUUUUAUGAUUCUUGGCUCCAUCUCAAAUAUGCCCAAGCUGAUGUUGCUUUUCUCUAUUGAUUGAUCAUAGUCUCAUUGUGGUUGCAUUUGCUGUGUCAUGUAAACAGGUGCGCUUUGAUUUUUUGGUGCAAUCAUUCAUUGAUUAUAUUUCUUAAGGAAGAUAUCCAUUGUUGUAUAAAAUAGGAAGUUGCAAGUUUAGUCUGUACCAUUGAUAUAAGACAUUCUCACUGUUUUUCAUCCGAUUUGUUGUUUAAGAAUUCCAUCUAAGUAAUAAUUAAUACUUAUAUAGAUUAUGUUGUUAAGA